AUGGUGCUGUUCCAGAACGCCAUCAUCUACAACCCAUUCCUGCCGCCCAAUGCCCGGAGCAUGCGCAUUGAUGAGUUUUCGCGAGAGUGCGGGGGCGUUCAAUGGAGGGAGGAGAGAAUACGAUCUCUGGAUGGGACUGAGAUUGCUUUGUGUGUGUCGGAUAUGCCUGCGUCUGCUACUGGGGCCAAGAAACCCGUCUAUAUCCUCUAUUUUCAAGGAAAUGGAUCUUCAAUACCUCCAAGACUUCCUCAUUUGUCUUUGAUUCUUCGUCGAGCUCGCGACAAUGAUCCAUCAGUCACCUAUACCAUGGUUUGUCUGAGUUAUCGAGGCUACUGGACAUCUCACGACCGGCCAUCUGAGCCAGGUAUUAACUUGGACUCACAGGCAGCACUGCAAUGGAUAUCUCAAUUACACAACUCCAGAGCAGAGGGAACUGACCAGAAGCCGGCAGUCGUACUUUGGGGCCAGAGCAUUGGAUGCGGAUUUGCCACCAAUCUGGCUGCCAAAGGGAAAUGCCCUCCCAACAUCAAACUUGAUGCCCUUGUCCUAGAGACUCCAUUCACAUGUACAAGAGCAAUGCUGCAGGCAUUAUACCCUCAAAAGUGGCUCCCAUACCAGUACCUGUGGCCAUUCCUCCGGAACCACCUGGACAGCUGGACCAACCUCGGCAUGAUAGCCAAGAGGUUCAAGGAGAGCCCACCGGGGGUUUACAUCGUGGAAGCGGGGAAGGACGAGUUGGUACCCGGCGAUCACGGUGAAAAGCUCCAGCGGCGCUGCGAACACGUUGGGCUCCCAGUGGAACGGCACAGGGUGCGCGGGGCGCUGCAUAAUGAAGCCAUGGUGAGGGCCAGUGGGAAGCAGGCUCUCGCCGACUCCAUCUCGACAGCCGCUGCAAGGGCCCAGCACGGAGAUUGA